AUGGUGGUUAACGGGACCGCGGGGGAGCGCGCGUUGAGCGGUCAUAAUGUGGCCGCGCUCGUGUUCGGGGUGCUGCUCAUUAUCGUCAUCAUCUGCGGGAACCUUCUCGUGUGCGUGAGCGUGUUCACGGAGCGCGCCCUCAAAACCACCACCAACUACUUCAUUGUGAGCCUCGCGGUGGCGGACCUGAUGCUCGCGGUGCUCGUGCUGCCGCUGUUUGUGUAUUCAGAGUUUGAGGACGGCGUGUGGACCCUGAACACCACUCUAUGUGACUGCCUCAUGACGAUGGAUGUAAUGCUGUGUACCGCCUCCAUCUUUAACCUUUGCGCCAUCAGCGUUGACAGGUUCAUCGCCGUCUCCAUCCCUCUCAACUACAACCGCAAACACGUGGACCUGCGCCAGACCGUGCUGCUGUCCGCCACCUGGAUCUUGGCUUUGGCCGUGGCUUCUCCGAUCAUGUUUGGACUCAACGACGUUCCAAACCGCGACCCGGGCGAAUGCAAGCUCGAAAACGACGAUUACGUACUCUACUCCUCCGUCUGCUCGUUCUUCAUUCCAUGUCCCAUCAUGCUGCUGCUUUACUGCGCCAUGUUUCGUGGACUACGGCGCUGGGAAGAGGCGCGGAAAGCCAAAUUACGAGACAGUAUCCAGGCGUGUAGGAAGCUGCAAGAGGCGGCUGCGUCUUUGCCUCCGCUUGCGUCGUUACCGCCACUUUUGCCGCCGAUUAUUGAGAGGGAGAUGCUGGAGACUGGGCCGGAGGAUCGUGUGGACAAAGUUCUGGCCCCGUCGGAGUUCUCAGACGGUCGCAUGAGAGCUGUGAGUCUGGCCGAAAUCAAAUUUGAUCCAGAUCCGCGCAGGAGGAAAACAGCAAAGAUAAACAAUAGAGAAAGGAAAGCCAUGAAGGUGCUGCCAGUGGUAGUGGGCUGCUUCUUGUUUUGCUGGACUCCGUUCUUCGUGCUCCACACGUUGAGAGCUCGCUGUGUGGACUGCAACAUCCCCCCGGUGCUGAUGAGCAUCGUCACGUGGCUGGGAUAUGUGAACAGCGCUCUGAACCCGGUCAUCUACACCGUCUUCAACACAGAGUUCAGGAACUACUUCAAAAAGUGUCUGCGCAGAUGCUGCUCCUGA